GACUGGGGUGCUGUGAGGAGAGUGGGGCUCAGUGGGACCAGGCAGAGGCCAGCGUUGCAGGCAGGCAGGCAGGCAGGCAGGCAGGCAGUGGAUAGAGUGUUGAGCCUCAGAGACGUGCCCAGGGUGGAUAAACUAUGCUCACUAAGUGGGAGAAAGACUCUGCCCAGGACACAAGAUGAAGGUGGAGAGGAAGACCUCCUCUACAGGCGACAGUUUUACUGACAUUCCUCCGCUACUGACGCUCGUUGGCCUCCUCCUCCUUCUCUUCACAGGUGAGGUGUCAGGGGUGAAUGUGACCAGCCAAACCCAGGUGGUGAGGGGCACGGUGGGCAGAGAGGCCCUCUUGUCAGUCAGCUACUCCAGCAGCAGCUUGGACAAGCCUGUGAUUAAGUGGCAGCUAAAGAGGGACAAAGAGAAACCUAUCACUGUUGUGCAGUCCAUAGGAACAGACAUCAUAGGGAACCUGAGGCCAGAGUACCGCAACCGUAUCCUGGUGUUUGAGAAUGGGUCACUGCUGCUUCACAACCUGCAGCUGUCCGACGAAGGGGCGUACGAAGUCGAGAUCUCCAUCACAGAUGACACCUUCACUGGAGAGCGCUACAUUGAGCUCACUGUGGAUGUCCCCGUGUCCAAACCUUACAUCCAGAUGAUGGCCUCGUCUGUCCUGGAGUACAGCGAGCACUUUAACCUCCACUGUUCCCACGAUAACGGCACAAAGCCCAUCUACGGUUGGCUGAAGGGAGGCCAGGUGCUGACCAAUGACACACGUCUGCAGCUUUCACUUGACCAAAAGGUGCUGACCAUCUCACGCGUUGUGAUCUCAGACGAUGACAUUUACGCCUGCACAGUGGAGAACCUCAUCAGCAGCAUGAAGAGCAUGCCUGUCAAGCUCACUGUCUACAGACGGAGCUCACUAUACAUCAUCCUGUCCACCGGGGGCAUAUUCCUCCUAAUCACCCUGGUGACAGUGUGCGCUUGUUGGAAACCAUCCAAAAAGAAGCAUCGACCUGUCCCCCAAAGAGCUCCAAUCUAUUUGGAGCAGAGUGAAAAUGGCCAUGAUGUUGAUGUCGUUCCCAAACCAACUACACUUGGUCGAAGGAGUCCCAUGCCUCUUUAUGUUCUCAACGAAGAUGAUUUUUAUGGACCUGUUGAAUCGACAGACAGACCAACAUUGCCACCCGAGACUCUGGAGCGUUUGGAAGACUGUACGAGCAAUGCGGCCGUCCAAUCAGAAAUGAGUAUCCCUGCUAUGUAUGCUCCAGUCCUUCCUAGUCCUUCCUCCUCCAACAGAACUGAGCGGCCCGUCUGGUCUGCCCCACGCAGAUACCCCCGCAGCCCCUCUCCACUGGCACAGCCUCUCCCACAACCCCUUCCGGGUCCUCCGCUACGCCCUGUCCGCUCACCUGCUCACUCCCCUGGUUCAUCUCCACGAAGUUUCAGCCCGAUAAGAAAAGUCCGUCCACCAGUAGGCAUCCCAAGCAGCCACCUGCCUGUAGAGGCCGAGUGUCCAGACCCUUGUGAUCAGACUCACUGUCUAUCACAGCAGUGACAGCUGCUUUUGGUGUAUGUUUUCACACUGUGAUGUGUAAAGUGUAUGUGUAGUUUGUUGAUCUUCUGUUGCACCGUGCCACCAGGAUAAUGGAUUUGAUGCAGUAUAGGAUAAGAGAUGAGUUCACUUUCAGCUAACUCUUUGACUUCAUAUGCCAUUAUUGAUCAUCUAUUUCUCUCUGGCUAUGCACAAUAUUUCUGUAGUCUUUUGAUAAUAUCCUGUCACAAGAAAAAAAGUAUAUUCUGUCCACCGGCAUAUUAGUAUAUCAUGUAUAGAAUGCUCUGACAGUAAAAAGAAAUCCAGCUCUGGUAUAUAUUUUGUUUCUUGAUGAAUAUGAAUUUUCCUGGGAACUUUUGAUAAGUACCUGUACAUAUGUAAGUUAAUAGUUUUGAGUAGGGUGUGGUUGUUGUUUUUUGAACAAUUAAACUGCGAAGUGUAUUCUUAUUAAAGAUUAGGUCAUUGUAUAACCUAAGGUAAUAAAAACAGUUUAAACAGUU